ACUUAACGACUGAGCCACCCAGGCACCCCUAAAAAUGUAGUUUUAAAAUGUAAAAAUCAAGAGGAUGAGAAGACAGGCCACACACUGGGAGAAAAUAUUUGCAAAAGACACAUCUGAUAAAGGACUGUUAUCCAAAACAGACAAAGAAUUCUUAAAACUCAACAAUUAGAAAACAACCAUAUUGAAAACUGUGCAAAAGACCUAAACAGACACCUUACUGAAGAAAAUACACAGAUGGGAAGUAAGCGUAUGAAAAGAAGUUCAACUUCAUAUGUCAUCAGAGAAUUGAAAAAUUACAACAGUGAAAUUGCACUACUACAGACCUAUUAGAAUGGCCAAAAUCUAAAACACUGAGAGCACCAAAUGCUGGCAAGGAUGUGCAGCAGCAGGAACUCUCCUUCAUUGCUGGUGGGAAUGCAAAGCAGUACAACCACUUGGAAGACAAUUUGGCAGUUUAUUAUACAAUGUAACUCUUUACCAUAGGAUCUGGCAAUCACAGUCAGUGGUAUUUACUCAGAUGAGCCAAAAUUUAUGUCCCCACAAAAACCUGCACAAGAAUAUUUAUAACAGCUUUAUUUAUAAUUAGUUAAAACUUGGAAGCAACGAAGAUGUCUUUCAGUAGGUGAAUGGAUAAACAAACUGUUGUACAUCCAAACAAUGGAAUAUUAUUCAGCACUAAAAAGAAAAGAGCUAUCAAGUCAUGAAAAGACAUGGAGGAAACUUAAUGAGUAUUACUAAUUGAAAGAAGCCAAUCUGAAAAAGGCUACAUAUUAUAUGAUUCCAACUGUAUGACAUUCUGGAAAAGACAAAACUAUGGAAACAGGAAAAAGGACCAGUGGUUGGGGGAAAGGAGGGAUAAAUAGGCAGACACAGAUUUUUAGGGCAGUGAAACUAUUCUGUAUGAUGCUACAAUGUGUGUAGUUGUCAUUAUACAUUUGUCCAAAUAUAUAAAAUACAGGUUGCCAAUAUCUAAUCAACGAUUUUAUUUUAAAGGAGAUAUUUCAAAAUAUAAAGGUUAUCAAAAAGUUGAAUAUUUAUAGUUACAUCAUGGGCUACUAUUAACAGUGUAGAGCAUAGAAUAUGUAAGACUUUGAAUAGGAACUCUAUGAAGUAUAAUAAACAGCAAGGCUAUAUGUCACUGUUUUGCCACUCUACAAUGGCAACUGUACAGUGUCUAUGACCUGAGAGUCUUUCUUUUUUCUGUAUCUAGAAACCACCAGGGGUAGAAACUUGGCCUCCUGCACAGGCCACUCACUGCUCCACCUCUGUUCGCAGGUACUGGGUACAGUCUGAGAUUUUUUUAGUUGAGCGAAGUUUAAUCUUUCUGAACACAUAGGACAUGUGCUUUCAGUGUUUAACAUGAUCUUAAAUUCUGAGUAUAGAGCAGGGAAGUCGCAAUGUGGACACAGUCCAGUCAUCCUUCAACAUGUGUUGACCUGUUGCAAUGCAAUAUGGGAUGUUAUUUUACAUCCAGGACAGAGGAGUUCACACUCUGGGAGAAAAAAUUCACAGAAUGGACACAGGGUUGUGGCCUCUUCUGUCUCGGAUGUAUCAGGUCUCCUGACCAUGGCCUCGAUCUUCUUUUUGUAUUUGGCAUCUAUUUUGUUGUGGUACUCAGGCCUCAUCAACAUGGCUGCAAAGCUGAAAGCAGAGUUCUUGAGGCCUUCUCGGUGACACUCGAUCACCAUGGACGUCAGGAUUGGCACAAUGUGUGACGGAAACUUGCUGAUGUUGGCCACCCGAAUAAGCGUAUAUGAGUGACCUAAAGCUGCAAAUUAAAACGGAGAGAAAGCAGUGCCAACUGCGAGCAGGGCAAGGAUGCCAAUUCCUCCACCCCCUCCACCGCCCCCUGGUCCUCCUCCACCGCCCACUUCUAAUCAGGCACACACAGAGCAGCCCAAGCUGAGUAGAGAUGAGCAGCGGAAUCGAGGUGCCCUCUUACAGGACAUCUGCAAAGGGACCAAGCUGAAGAAGGUGACCAACAUUAAUGAUCGGAGUGCUCCCAUCCUUGAGAAACCAAAAGGAAGCAGUGGUGCUUAUGGCUCUGGAGCAGCUGCCCUGCAGCCCAAGGGAGGUCUCUUCCAAGGGGGAGUGCCGAAGCUCCGACCUGUGGGAGCCAAGGACGUUUCAGAGAACCUAGCUGGUAAGCCAGCCCUACAAGUCCCCAGUUCUCGAGCUGCUGCCCCAAGGCCACCGGUGUCUACAGCCAGUGGGCGCCCUCAAGAUGAUACAGACGGCAGCCGAGCCUCACUCCCAGAACUACCCCGGAUGCAGAGACCCUCGUUACCGGACCUCUCUCGGCCUAAUACCACCAGCAGUACAGGCAUGAAGCACAGCUCCUCUGCCCCUCCUCCGCCACCCCCGGGGCGGCGUGCCAACGCACCCCCGACGCCUCUGCCCAUGCACAGCAGCAAAGCCCCUGCCUACAACAGAGAGAAACCCUUGCCGCCCACACCUGGACAGAGGCUGCACCCUGGUCGGGAGGGACCUCCUGCUCCACCCCCAGUGAAACCACCCCCUUCCCCUGGGAAUAUCAGAACGGGACCAAGUGGCCAGUCUCUGGCUCCUCCUCCUCCGCCUUACCGCCAGCCUCCUGGGGUCCCCAAUGGACCCUCCAGUCCCACUAAUGAGUCAGCCCCUGAGCUGCCACAGAGACACAAUUCUUUGCAUAGGAAGACAUCGGGGCCUGUCAGAGGCCUAGCGCCUCCUCCACCCACCUCAGCCUCCCCGUCGCUACAGAGUAAUAGACCACCUCCCCCAGCCCGGGACCCUCCCAGUCGGGGAGCAGCUCCUCCACCCCCGCCACCCAUGAUCCGAAAUGGUGCCAGGGAUGCUCCCCCUCCCCCCCCACCGUACCGAAUGCAUGGGUCAGAACCCCUGAGCCGAGGAAAGCCCCCACCUCCGCCCUCAAGGACGCCAGCUGGACCACCCCCUCCUCCUCCACCACCCCUGAGGAAUGGCCACAGAGAUUCUAUUACCACUGUCCGAUCUUUCUUGGAUGAUUUUGAGUCAAAGUAUUCUUUCCAUCCAGUAGAAGACUUUCCUGCUCCAGAAGAAUAUAAACACUUUCAGAGAAUAUAUCCCAGCAAAACGAAUAGAGCUGCCCGUGGAGCCCCACCUCUGCCACCCAUUCUCAGGUGAAGCCCGGCUUGGUCCUGUUCCUCAGGAAAAGGAUGGACCCUCUCCUCUGCUCAGAUGGUCCCUUCCAUUCCCCUGAAACCUGCAUGAGAGCUCCUGAUGUGUUUCUCCAGUGCAACCCAUCUCUAGACACCAAGCGUCCUCCCCACUCACCUCCAUCUAUGCAUCUCGUCUCUAGACUUGGUGAUUGGACUCUUUAUAUUGACAGUAGGGUCUCAAACCCUGAAUCCAUGCCUCCUCUCGCAAGCCCUGCUAGCCAGAUGAGGAAAAAGUUUCCAUGUCUCCUGCUUUCCUCUUGGGGAAAGGUGCCUUGUUGUGAUGAAUGAAUUCAUUGUUGGGGCAGGGUGGAGAAUUGUACUCCUACUUUCUCCUACCCACUGUGGGGGAAGCGUGGUGGGUAUAUUAUGUUUCCUCAUUUGGGAGGCUGGCAUGGCCAGGACUUCUUGGGGGUGGGCAUUUUUAGUGAAACAGGAAAGGAAUUUGCAGAGAAGUGAUCUAUUUUAAAAGGUCAAGUUUGAAGAAAGGGCAAAGAAAUGGGUCUGCUUUCUUUUUAGGGGUAUUUUGGUUUUGCUCUCACCCCACCCCAUGCCACCACCCCAGGGAGAAGUUGGAUAUUAUAAAUACUAAAUACUAAUCAGUUGAACUAAACAUCUAAUAAAAGGAGAGGGUGAAAUAAACUGGGGAUCCUUUUAGAGCUAGUCAGUUUCUCUGCAGCAAAGGGGCCAGGAGCCAUUUGUGUCCUCUGGGAUUCCCUGCCCAUUUGCCUGUUUUCUCAGGGUGCUGAGGCUGAGGGCUGUUAUUCCUCUCUGCAAUGCCCGUCCCCUCAAAAGAAAAGUCAGUUUGAUUCAUUACGGAUUCACAAACUCCAAAACCCUGCAGUGGGAGAUGGAAAGAUCGGGCGUUGGCCUUGACACCUCUGAAGUCUUUUCUGACUGGCCCUGACGGCCUGCUCAGAGACUUUAGCCCCUGAUGGGUGUCUAGGAUGACAAGGGAAGGGUGAAGCACCUCGUGGAAGGGAUCAACUCUGUGGGCUUUGAAGGAUUUUAAGGCCUGCUUGUUCCAAAGUUCACAGCCCAUCUGACUGAGCAGGUACUUCCUGUUCCUUUCUCCACUACUCUUGCCUUCGCAAGACUGCAGGGGUUAACAUAGCAGAAUAGAGAAGGGUGAAGAAGCUUAUGGGGACAGUCAAAGAUUCCUCUGUGCCAGGAAGCACAAAGACUUUGGUGAGGUGUGCCUCAGUUCAGUUGAUCUUCCUUGGCAGCCAGCAAGCAAUAUGUUUCUUCGUCUUCCAGGUCCUAGUUCAAGGGCACAGAGGAAAUAGAGGGUCCUAGUCUAGGUAGGAACUGAGCUUGGAUGGUGGGACGGGACUUCACCAUUCUCCAACAGCAGGAUGGAGCUCCUGGGCUCUACACGUGAGAUGGUUUAGUUUGCUACAACUCUUGCCAAGUGCAGAGACUGCUCAAAGUUCGGGGUGAGAGCAGGGAAGGAGCCAAGGCUAUUCUUGAAAUGGAUGGGGAAAGUCAAAAAUUUUCACCAGGUACAUCACAGGCUUAAAUCGCCUUCAGGACCUCUCCAAUCUCUUGGAUCACAGACUAAGGAUCUGUGCAUGGUGCCCAGAGAAACCCAAGUCUUCCCGUGCCAGAUGGGAGAGCUCUCGGCUUGGGUUCUUUGUACAGGGUCUGCUAUCCUCUGCCAUCCCCUGGACUUUAUCGACUCUUGGAACAAACCAUGUUGAGGUCUGUCACCAUACCUUUUCUAAUCAUUCUCUUUAUCAUUUUUAUUUUCAAAUCUGUUAGCAGUUAUCUCUCAGCAGUAUCCCCAGCAUUCUGAAACCCUUAGUGCUGAGACAGGGCACGCACGAGUGGAGGGAAAAAGAGAGAAUACAAGAGUUAAUUAACCCUGCAGCAGAAUUCCAGGGGAGAUGCUGACCAGUUACUGAACUUGGACUGUGAAGUCUUCCCAUUUGUUUUUGAAAUGGGAGUUGAUGCCUUUUGUAUAAUGUUAUUAAAGUGUAUCCUUUUUUUUUUCCUUUACGCAAACAUAAAGCAUCAAAAUAAGAAUCACAAGUAAAAGCCAAACCCUAGCUUUUCAUUGGGGCUGAUAUCUUCCUCUUCUGUGACCUGCUGCCCCUCAUAUUCCCCAGCAUUUGGACUGUGUCACAUGGGUAUUGAUUGUAUUCUCAUUUUCUUGGCCUCAUGAAAAAAGGCCUGGGCCUGGAUCUAAUCGGAUUUUCUUCUUGAGAGCAUGUUGAUGGCACAGUACCUAUUUAAAUGUCUUUGCCUUAUACAUUAUUUGGUCCCUCUGUUAAUAACAGAUUUAUUAUCAUGUAUAUUUACUAUCGAAGAAUGGGCAUGUGAUCCUCAUAGUUAUUGAUCUAUUUUAUAUGUUGUAAAAAGCUUGUAAUAUAGAUUUAAGGUGGGCCGGCUGCAAGAGCACUAAAACUUCUCACCUUUUAAACUGCUCUUUUUAUCUGCUUGUGGGAAUGUCGUCUCUUCAGUGGAAGAUUGGGUGGUCUCAUGUUGAGACUCUUGCCCAGUCCCAUUAACCCCCUUAUUCCCUCCCUCCCAGAAGGAAGAGACAUUGCCCAACUAAGCAUCAGGAAGCUGUGUUAUAAGCCCUUGUGUGGGUUUGGUUUUAUGAUGUUUUUCUCUAGUGGGGAAAACUUAAUUGUUUCUUUCCGCCCUUUCAGGGAAGCAGAGCAGUGGCUUCCAGAUUUUUAAAUGAGCUAGAUGCCCCUCUUCCCCCCCUCUUCUUUGGUGACCAAACUUGGAUCAGAUCACUUUGAUAUUCCAGGUGUGGUUUUUCUGUUGUGAGGAUUUCCUCCAGCUGCAGAGCCCCAUCAUCCUCACAGUCGGGCUCCCAGAGGAGGGCGCCUAGGGCUACCCAACCUGAUGGAUGUGAGGCUGCUUGUCUCCAGAAAUGCAUCCCAGCCCUCCCAACUGGCCAAGGCAAGGAGACUAGCCACUGGUCAUUGCACUGGGGGCAUCCCCUCACCUCAUAGCUUCCCAACUUGAAAUCCAGAUUUACCUCCAGGGAGAGGUGAGAAAAAAUUGUAAAUAGACUUGCUACAGAGCAACUCAGGGUUGGGGUGUGUUUUAAUUCUCCUGAUCACUUGAAAUAAUCUGUAGGCUGAGUGCUUAUGGGAGUGGGGGAAAAAUGUGACUCCAGGGUCCUUUCCUUCUGCAAAGCUCUGGGGGUGGAGUAUAGGGCAUCUGAGGCCCUUUGAUGGCACUACACUGAGCUGUCUGUCCUUCUGGAAACCCAACCUAAAAUCAACUGUAAAUCUGAUUCUUCACAUUCCAGUUGUAGCCUUUCUUUCCCUACUGAAUCUCAGUCCCUGGCAAUGUGGUCAAGGUGGCUUUCUGUAAGCCACCCUGACUUAGGGAAUGGAAGGCAUUACAACUCUGCCUUCAAGACUCCUCUCUUAAAAGCGAAAUGAAACAAAACUACAGCCACCUUCAAAACACAUACAGAAAGAAGGAUAACUUUUAACUGAAGGAAGGAUUUGGUUCCAUUCAACUCCACGGUCAUUGUGCCUUUACUUGUGUUAGAUUUCUGUGCUUUCUUCCUCUCUGAAGCAAUUAAAAUCUUCCUUGAUAACUGUUUCCUUCUUUCUACUCUUGUUUCUAACAACCUAGUGGGUUUCCUCUCUAAUUGUCUUAAAUCUCAUUCCACUGGUGGCAGAGGGGCCAAGCCUUCUUUUCUCAUGUCUAACCUUUGUCCUUUCCCACGGACCAGCAUGGAAGUCCUAGUCAACACUGAAUAAAAGACUAGAGUGACGUGUGCAGAGUGUGUGUGUGUGCGCGAGUGUGUGUGUGUGGUGUGUGUGUGUGUGUCCAUCUUUGCAUGUGGAUCAGUUUUCUUUUAAAAAAUAAUUUAUUGUAUGAUUUAUUUUGGAGUUAUAUCCCAAUUGCAGUGCUCCCUCCCAAUAAGCAGUGAUUCCUCUCCCCCCCCACCCCCCCCACCCCUCUACAAUGUAUAAUCUGGUCUCAGGUUGGAUUCUUUGGUACAUUUCUUUCUUCUGGAUGCUGUGCAGUUUAAUUAAACCUUGCUUAAAAACAAAAACCAAAACCUGAAAACUGUGUACUCUUGUCUGGAACACCGCCUCCAGUGGUGGCAUAGGGAGGGGAGAACAUCUCUUGCUUCUGGUGAGUGUAGUGGUUUGACUCUAGAACCUCUAAGAAGGUAGCUACACUGACUUGGGCAGAAGCAUCUGCAGCUUCCCAGGGGUCUUCCCUUCUCCCUUCCUGCUGUGUUUUGAAUAUCAUAGUUCUCAUUAACCAUGCUCACCUGGGUGACUCUGGUAGUUUUGGUCAUCAUUUAUGUUUGCCACCUACCUUCCCAAGGCCCAUGAUUUCAGGGGACCCAGGAGACGCUCUGGCCUUGUGUCCUCUCCUCACAUCUCUUAGGAUUCUUUCUACCUGUGUUGCAUGGCAGAUUGUCCCACUGAGGUAUGGGAGAAAAGGUGGGGGCAGAGCAGACAGACUGUGUUUAUUUUUAUUGUGGGUGUUGGCUUUUUUUCUUCCCUGCUUUUUAAGUUGCAAUCUUGGCUGGCUUUCUUGAACUUUGACUUGGGGUGUAAAAACUGAGCCAGACAUUCUCUGCUUACUGUGGUCAGCUGACAUAAUCAUCGCUAAGACUUAAUGAGCUCACCUUGCACUUUCAUCACUAGGAGAGGUCUUGAAAUUAUUUCCCAUACUGAUUCAUAAUGCGUGGGUGUAUGAAUCACUUUCACGUAAUUUAGAUAUAAAAACCUAUGAGA